GAUUUUCUGUAUAAGAUAUGCCCCCUAAUACUUUGAAUGUAUAGAACUUGUUGUAUCUGAUAUCCUAACCUCAUUUCAUCUAAUUGCAAAUGCAAUAAUUGUCACAAAAUACUAAACUGGUCUGCUUAUAUUAACUCACAAUGCCUAAGAAGUUUGCUGGGGAGAAUAGCAAAGCAGCCGCCGCAAAAGCGAGAAAAGCGGCAGUUAAAGAAGACGAAAAAGUGCAAAAGAAAAAGCAGGAAGAGGAACAAUAUUGGAAAGAAGAUGAUAAACAUGUCCUUAGGAAGCUACAAAGAAAGGAAGAUCAAGAGAAAAAGAAACAAUCAAUCGCUGACAAAAAAGCGGAAGUGAAAGCUUUGAUAGAACAAGAAACUGCUUCAAUUAAAAAGACCCCAAAACUUCCACCACCGCCAAAAGUCACACGGGCUCAAAUUAGUGAACAAGCAAACAUCAAACCGGUAGUGAAAGAAAAAACUGAAACUCACUUGGACGCACCACUGGAAGAGAAUAUCAACCGACUAAUACCUACUGCUGACGAAGCGCGUUCGGUCACUGAAGCUAUUGCAUUAUUGAGUACCCGAGACGAGGAAAUUGAUAAACAUCCUGAAAAGAGAAUGAAAGCAGCUUAUGUGGCUUACGAACGUCGCGAAUUAGCACUCCUUAAAGAAACUCAUCCGACACUACGUCUCUCACAGUUAAAACAAAUGGUUUUUAAGGAAUGGCAAAAAUCACCCGAAAACCCACUUAAUCAAUAGGUAACCUAGUAAUAUGCAGCUGAACAUUUAUCCUGUUAUGGAUCAUCCACAACAUUAAAAUGUACUUGGUACACUUUAUUACUGUGGAAAUCCAGUAAAAUUGUCUGGUGUUUUAUAUUUGUUUGCUUGGAUUUAAAAUGUUGCUGCAUACUGCAUAAUACAAUUGUGUCUCCCGGACCUUGUUAAGGUGCACAGUUAGGAAAGAGUUCCUAAUUUUUGGACUGUAGUUAAACAUUGUGAGUUGUAUAUAUGAAUGUUUCUUUUUUUUGUGAAAGAGUUUUGCAUAAAUAAAAUUGGCGGUGCCCAAAUUAUGC